AACAAAGAGUGAAACUUUAUGUUUUUGCAAACAGGGGCGAAGUUAAAGUGAGCAUUUUUCGUUCGGAUUCCGCUUCAGUUUUGGUCCCUCUCUCUCUCUCUCUCUCUCUCUCUCUCUCUCUGAGCUUGUAACGGGUCCUCCUGCAAAUUGGUGCGUUAAAGUGAAGUGGCUGAGUGGUUUUGGAUCACUUGGAGCUUUUCUGGGUGAUUUGAGACCUGGAGGAGAUAAACCCAUCUGGCCGUUUUGGAGAUCUGGGAAUUGCUUAGGGUCUUAUGCCCUAUGAGGACCUUCUUUCCCUCCGAGUCUUGUAAAGAGUCGCAGCUCAAUGCUCUCAAUCCCCAGUCUUGGCUCCAAGUCGAAAGAGGGAAGCUUUCCAAGCUUUCAUCAAACUCAAACUCCUCCUCGUUUCCUUCAUCUUCUUCUAUAGAAUCUCUUAUAAAGGUGCCUGAGCCGCCUAUACUCCCAUUCUAUAAGCCGGUUGAUUAUGUGGAGGUUUUGGCUCAAAUUCAUGAAGAACUUGAGUUGUGUCCUCCACAGGAGAAGUCAAAUCUUUAUUUAUUACAGUUCCAGGUCUUUAGAGGCCUUGGAGAAGUCAAGCUGAUGCGGAGAAGCCUCCGUGCAGCUUGGCAGAAAGCCAACAGUGUUCAUGAGAAGCUUGUAUUUGCAGCUUGGUUGAAGUAUGAGAAGCAAGGGGAAGAACAUAUUUCCGACUUGCUUUCCUCUUGUGGAAAAUGUGCACAAGAGUUUGGGCCGGUAGAUGUUUUAGCUCAGCUUCCUGUUGAUGGAAGUGAGCCUAGUGCCAAUGAGACUAUUUCAAUGGGUGGGAACAAGAUGACAAGACAAGUCAGUUUUAGAAUUGAGGAUGAGAAAAUAGUUUGCGAUAGGCAGAAAAUAUCCAGCCUUUCGGCUCCAUUUGAUGCCAUGCUUAAUGGGUGCUUCUCGGAAUCACUUAGCGAGGACAUAGAUUUGUCAAAAAACAAUAUCUCAGCAUCCGGUAUGAAUGAAAUCAACGAGUUCAGUAAAACAGGCAAUUUGCGAGAAGUCCCUCCACAUCUUUUGUUGGAAAUUUUAGCUUUUGCUAAUAAAUUCUGUUGCGAAAAGCUCAAAGAUGCUUGUGAUAGGAAACUUGCUUCCUUGGUAUCUUCCAGAGAUGAUGCAGUGGAACUCAUGGAGUUUGCACUUGAAGAGAACUGUCGUGUCCUUGCUGCAUCAUGUUUACAAGUUUUCUUGGAUGAUCUUCCUAAUUGUUUGAAUGACAAGCGGGUGGUGGAGCUGUUCAAGCAUGCUGAUAGAGAGCAGAGAUCAAUCAUGGUUGGACCAGGCUCAUUUUCACUGUACUGUUUAUUGAGUGAAGUUGCUAUGAACCUGGAUCCUGAGUCAGAUAUAACCGCUUGUUUUCUGGAACGGUUGGUAGAAUUUUCUGAGAAUGAUAGGCAAAGACUGCUGGCAUCGCAUCAGUUGGGAUGUUUGAGGCUCUUGAGAAAAGAGUACGUUGAAGCAAAGCGUCUCUUUGAGGAAGCUUUAACUGCAGGCCAUAUUUAUUCAGUUGCGGGUUUAGCUAGACUGGAUCAUAUCAAAGGCCACAAAGUUUGGUCCUACGAAAAGCUGAGCUCUGUGAUCAACUCUGUUAUUCCUCUUGGAUGGAUGUACCAGGAGAGGUCAUUAUACUGUGAAGAUAACAAGAAAUGGGAAGACCUUGAGAAAGCAACUGAAUUGGACCCAACUCUUACGUAUCCUUACAUGUAUCGUGCAGCUACACUAAUGAGAAAAAACAACUCUGAAGCUGCACUUGUAGAAAUUAAUCGGGUUCUUGGAUUCAAACUUGCAUUGGAUUGCUUAGAGCUCCGUUUUUGUUUCUACCUUGCUCUUGAGGAUUAUAAAUCAGCCAUCUGCGACGUUCAAGCAAUUCUAACUCUCUGCCCAGAUUAUAGGAUGUUGGAGGGAAAGGUUGCAGCAUCCCAACUUCGUACACUUGUCCGUGAGCAUAUUGAAAAUUGGACAACAGCAGAUUGUUGGUUGCAAUUGUAUGAUCGGUGGUCUUCAGUUGAUGAUAUUGGGUCCCUCUCUGUUAUUUACCAGAUGCUUGAAUCUGAUGUGGCAAAAGGUGUACUCUAUUUCAGACAGUCUUUGCUUCUCCUCAGGUUGAACUGUCCUGAAGCUGCAAUGCGGAGUUUACAAUUAGCUCGUCAACAUGCAUCCAGCGAACAUGAAAAAUUAGUGUAUGAGGGAUGGAUCUUAUAUGACACAGGUCACUGUGAGGAAGGGCUCCGUAAAGCAGAGGAAUCUAUCAAAAUCAAAAGAUCUUUUGAGGCCUUUUUCUUGAAAGCAUAUGCACUGGCUGACUCUAGCGAAGAUCCGUCCUGUUCCUCAACUGUCAUUUCUCUCCUAGAAGAUGCCUUGAAAUGCCCCUCAGAUAGGUUGCGGAAAGGCCAGGCUCUAAACAACCUCGGAAGUGUUUAUGUGGACUGUGGGAAGUUGGAUUUGGCAGCUGAUUGCUACAUUAAUGCUCUUAAGAUAAGGCACACCCGAGCUCACCAGGGCCUUGCUAGGGUUCAUUUUCUCAAAAACGACAGGGCCGGUGCCUAUGAAGAAAUGACCAGAUUGAUUGAGAAAGCCCGGAAUAAUGCAUCUGCCUAUGAGAAAAGAUCUGAAUACUGUGAUCGUGAACUAACAAAGACAGAUCUGGAGAUGGUCACCCGAUUAGAUCCACUUCGGGUGUACCCUUACAGAUACAGAGCUGCAGUGUUGAUGGAUAGUCACAAAGAAAAAGAGGCAAUUGCAGAACUAUCAAAGGCCAUUGCGUUCAAAGCUGACCUUCACCUUCUGCAUUUGAGGGCUGCAUUCCAUGAACACAUUGGGGAUGUCAUGGGUGCGCUGCGAGACUGUCGAGCUGCUCUCUCUGUUGACCCAAACCAUCAAGAGAUGCUGGAGCUUCACAGCCGUGUAAACAGCCAUGAGCCAUGAACAGAGAACUUGAAAAUCAUUAGAUGAAACUAGUUCAAAAUUGUAUCA